CUAUCACUAGGUGGCAACUUUAAACGUAUACAAAAACAUUCUUUCGUCAAUAAACUCAAUGAAAGUAAAAAAAGUGCAAGAAGUAAUGUUUUCCUAUUGAUAUUUAUAGUAAAAAAAUAUAUGGUGAAAAAUUUAUUGCAUAUUUCAAAUAUAUCUAUAAUAAAAUUAUCGUGUAAAAGAUUUUAAUUGACAUCUCUUAUAUGAAGAACUAAACAUAACCUAUCGAAUAUCCUGAAUUAUGUCUAAGAGAAAAAGUAUCAAUAAACGCAUGUCUAGAUACAGUCAUCGAUCUAGUGCAGGAUCUGGCUUUCUGGAUCCAAAUUCAGAAGUAUUUGAAGAGGAAGAACCUUUUUGGUGGAAUAACUUGACAAACAAUGUUAAUUCCCAUUUGCCAAAAUACAAUGCAACAAAUGAGACAAGUAAAUAUUUAGAUUCUGAUUCACAAAUGCAAUCAACUAGUACAAAUCAUGAAUGGUGGAAAAUGUUAGAAACAUCAGAUUCUGAAGUUUUAAAUAACUUACCAAUAAUACAAAACAAAAACCGAUCAGAAGCAGUUUCAUUGGAGUUUAAAAAAAUGAUUACAUCUGAUACGGAUGAAGAUGAAGAUAAUCCACCAUUACAAAAAAGAAAAAUUACAAUGCGUAAUAAAUCAAAAAAAAGUAAAAGUAAUGCCUUUUUAAAAGCAUUAAACGAUACAAGAAAUUCAGAAUCUCCUGCAUCAGUGAAAAAAAAUUCUAUUUCUAAGCUUACAAAUGAUGCACCCACUAAUAAAAAAUCACUACAAGAAUUGGAUCCUAAACAGAAACAUAUGAGUAGAAAGAGUAACGAUAGUAUUGCAACUAGUAUUGAUCAAAGUCACACCAUAGAUAAAAUCUUAAAAUCAAAGCCAAAUGUUUUUAGAAAAAAAUAUAAAGAAACAAGUGAAAAUGCGUUUGAAAAUCUACUAAAAUCAAAUGAAGAUUUACAUAAUAAAACAGAAAGAACUGAAAGAAUGUCUAAAAGUUUCUUUGCUAAAUUAAUCGAAAAAAAACAGACAUCAAAAGAAAAUGUUUUUGACAUAUCAACAGAAGAAAAUAAAUCAAAAACAGUUCCAUUAAAAAAAUCUAUCAUAGAUCCAAAUAUUUCAAUACACGACGGUAAUCUCAUUUAUCUUAAUCGUUCUGAUUCAAGUUUUAGUCUUUUAAAUAAUACUAAUGAAAAUGAUAAUUUAGAAAUUCAACCUAAUCAUACACAUGAACCUUCACAUAAAAAUAUUUCUGCAAAUAUCUCUAUAAAUCAAAAACAAUCUUCUGUAGUAGAAAAAAAUGCAAAUUUGACUAUGUAUCCUAGGACUUCUCUUAAAAAAAGUAAUGAUUCUACAACAAAUAAUGAGAAAAUUGAAAAUCACGAAACUAUCAAUACAGGAGAAACAUCGUUAGCAAAUAUAAGACAUAUACAUACUCCAAAUAAUAGUAGAAUGGAGAAUAGUAAAAAUUUCAGAAUAAAUAAUUCUAAUGUAAGAAAAACAAUUUAUGCAUCAGAACAUGAAAGUAUGGAUGAAAGGAAUUUGAUGGCCAAAAGUAUUAAUGAAAAUAAUAUAUUUCAAACAUUAUCUACCAAUAUAGCAGCAAAAAAUUCAAUGAAUUUGUCUAAGUCUAAAUCUAGAGAAACCAAUAAUUUGGAAAAUAAAAAAACUUCAUUCAGAAUAUCAUCCGAACCAAACAAUACAAACAAUAGUAUGCAUGGUAGAAAUUCCACAGAUUAUAAUUCUAUUAAUAUUACUGAAGUAGGUAUUUUUUCGGGAAAUCAAAUACAUACAAUAAAUAGUAGUAAUAAAUCAGUGUACACAGCAAAUGUAAUAACAGAUGCAAGUAAAAAUACAACAUUAAAAGCAAAGAUGUCUACAUCUGAGACUACAAAAAUACAAGAUAUUCCUGAGUUGAAUGAAGAAAAUGUUUUAAAAGAUAAUGACAAGAUACAAGCAAAGGACUUAUAUAUAAAUGCAUUUAGCUUAAAUCAAAAAUCUUUAAGAACAAUAGAUGUUGUUACUGAUGAUAAUGAACAAAAUGAUAAUGAACACUAUGUCGAUCAACGUAAUCAUAAAAUAUUAAAUUCAAUUAAUACUGAUCACCAAAAAAAAAUUAGUGAAUACUUUACGGUUAUAAACUCUAAGUUGGUUUCUCCAACCAAAGCAAGACAAUCAAAACAUUUUCAACUGAGUAAUAUAAAAAAAGAUGAAGAAAUCAAGGCAAGAUUAAAUAAAAAGCAGAAAACUAUUAUUAGCAAGGCAGUUAAUGUGCAUCUUACAAAACCAAAAAACCUACAAUUAAAAAAGAAGCAAAUAAUAGCAAAAAUAGAAAAACUCAGAAAUGAAGAAAAACAAAAAUACUCUGCAAGAGAUAAAAUUAAUGAAGCUUAUAUAGUGAAUGGACAAGUGUAUAAAAGACCGAGACUUCCACGUCCAAAAUAUUGGGUAACCGAUCGUCUUUAUCGUUUUCUUUGGAAAAUUAUGGAACCAGAAAGCAAAUUAUUAACAAGAGUGCAUUCUGAAAAAUUUGUGCAAGAAUUAUCUGACAUUGUAUCCAUUAUUACAAAGUCUAAGAAAUAUGAAGAUUACGAAACCAUUUUGAAUAAUUUAAUGAAAAAAAUGGCAAAUUUAGGUAUUAUUCAUACACGUAAUGAUUUUUAUAAUUUUUGUUACGAUUUUCUUCCUUAUGAUUUUCGCGUUAAAGUAGUGCCAAUGAUACUUCCUGGUAAUGUUAGAAAUAUACCAUAUGAUCCAGAAACUUUGAAUAAAUCUUUACUUCAAUAAUUUAUUAUGAUUAUACGCAGAACUAAAAAGCAAUAAUUUUAAUUGUAUAAUAUGAUUUAUAUAACAUAUAUUGUAUUAUUAUAUAUUGCAUAUUUGUAAGCAUUGUAAUUUAGUUGUUAUAUCUUUAAUAUUAAUUUUUCUCUCAUAUACAUAUAAUGAUAAAGUAAUUUUGUAAUUAAUAAAAUAUUCAAUAUCAAAUAUUAAUAAAACAUUUAACACUGACCGUACCGGCAUUUCACAUAUACUUAUUCUUACUUAUGAAAUAAAUGUUUUUUUGGAAGGAAUUGUCAAUUUAUUGUAAGAAAUAAUGCAUAACAUAACUUUUAAAUAAUAAUAAUAAAAUAACCAAUCAUAUAUUUUUAUUUUUAAUGUAUCAUAAACAGGAUAUAAAUAUAACAGAACAUAACAAACAGAUCAUAAGUGCACCUUUUACAUUAUUUAGAAAUAAAUAAAAAAUGUUUUUGUUUUCUCAAUUGCAUUUUUUACAGAUAAUAGGUUUCUCCUUCAUACAUUUACCACAGACAAAUUGUCUACAAAUUAUCUAAGAUUUAAUUGUUUUAUUAUCUUUGCAAAAUCGUAUCUGAUCAAAAUCGAAUGUAAAAUAUUACAUUCGCCACUUGAUGUUCCUAGUACGUUUUCCUUUUUCAUCAAAUCGGAGAAAUUUUUUAAUUUCUGUGAAACUGUACCUGUCCAAUUUUAGUAAGAAAAAAACCGAUCCCCAUUCCGAAUUCUAUAAAUAGAAAAUAGUUAAAUUUCUUGCUUGAUAAGCAGCACGUGCGCAUAGAAUCGCAAUAAAGACAUAUAUUUUUUAUAUUGGCAGAUUCCAUUUAGUCCCUAAGACUUGCAACACUUCUGCUUCCGUAUCAAUUAUUACAGAAAAUACUGUUUUAAUUUUACCAACUAUUAUAUUUCGUUUGGCAUAUGCCAUUGAACCUAAUACUUGUUUGAAACUAUGUGAUGGUUUUUCAAUUGUUAAACCUUCUAUUAUUUUUUACCAGACAGUUCCAUCAAGAUCCACUUCAGUAUACUUGAUCACUAUCACUUUCAGAAUCUGAUAAAAUUCUUCGACGCUUUUGUCCUCUACGGGCAUUUUAAAUGUUUUCUUUUUCAUCAUCGAUGUCACACGAAUAAUUACUUUCAACUUCCUCAUUGUCGAACAAAUCACCUUCACUUUUAAUUUGUUCAUUUUCAUUUGAGUUAGAGUAAGUAGUGUUAGUAGACAAUGAACUCACACUUUUUAAUCUUUCAUAUGUAUAUCUUUCUUUGAUAGUAGCAACUUAAAUCUCAUAGUGAUCUGUACUAGAUACGACAUCGGCAUUUGUUUCAUGAUAAAUGCAUAGAAAAUAAUAAAUAUAAUUAACUAAUAAGAAUUCUUCGAAUAUUUUCUUCAAAAUAAUUAAUAAAUAUUCAUAUAUUAUAUUAUUUAAAUACAAAUUAAAACAUGUAUUCUUUCCUAUGAGGUAGAACUCUCAGCGCUUUUUUACAUGGUUUUCCCUGUAGAACUAGUCCAUUCUACACUAUUACACUAUUACUACUACUGCUGAUAGUAAUAAUAAUAAUAUAAUAUAAUAUAAUAUUAUAAUAAUAAUAAUAAUAAACAUGUACUUAAAUAUUAUUUAUAUACACCUAAAUACUAUUUAAUACAUGUUAUAUUAUAAUAGUAAA